AUGCUUCCUCUCCUAAAGGUAGUUGCAGAAGUCGCGAACCACGUGUUGGUGAACGAAGGAAAGCUUGAAUUCUGCGAUGUCAGUGCAGAUGGAUUCGAGCUUGAGUAUGAGAUGCUCGAGGUCGAAGAUGUCGUGAUCGUCAAGCUGAUGAUGGUACCGUUUGACUUGGACCUUCAGGGCACCUAG